AUCCAACUCCUUACACUCUUUCCAAGCUCGACUCUUACACUCUUUUCACAAUGGUUUCUUCAAAGACUUUCUUCGUCACUCUGGCUGCCCUGGCCAUGUCUGGAGUCCAGGCCAGCCCUUGCUACCCCUACCCUCCCAACAAGAGCAGCUCGACUGAGGUUUCGACCACGGCCACGCUCACUUCUGGCGUUUCUACCGUUGCCACAACCAGCACGACUGCUGAGGGUUCUACCAGCACCACCGAGGCCAAGGUUACUACCACCUUGUCUACUAGCACCACAUCCGCUGCUGAGACUACUACCACUGCUGUCGAAACCACAACUACUGCCGCCGAGACCACGACUACGGCUGAGAGCUCCAAGGCCACGACUACUUCGACCCAGCCAAGCUCUCCUCCCUACCAGCCUCCUACUCCUUACAACCCUCCCUCUCCCUACAACCCCCCUUCUUCCCCUUACAACCCUCCCAGCUAUGAGUCUCCCAACUACUAAGAUGGGAGUGCAUAAACUGUCGUGGGGUGGAGUUGGAGUUGAUACACAUUGGGGAAACGGACCCAGUUUAAUAUUUCAUUCUUUGGUUGGUCAGUGUUUGAAGAACGGACUUUUUUGACAAAAUGUCAAACUCCGGCGGCGGCGGUCGGAGCACAGAAGAGACGAAAGCCGAUGGGGAAUAAUUGUGGAAGAGUGGAAGAAUGUCUGUAAGAAGAGAGAUCGGCACUUAUUGCAAAUACAUGAUUGGCUGUAAUUGCCCGCUCGG